AUGGCGUCUUCUGCUAGUUCUUCAUCCUUUACAACAACAGGAUCAACCUCGAGUUCUUCAAUCACUCAUGGUGUUAAUCCUUCUCUGCUACUUUUGUCAAAUAUGGUAAGUAUGGUUACUGUGAAGCUUGACUACAACAAUUAUAUGGUGUGGAGACAUCAAAUCGAAGUGAUUUUGGUAGCAUAUUCAAUGAUCAAUUCCAUCAAUGAUGAUAAUCAUGCACCAGAUCCUUUUCUUAAGGAUAGCUCAGGAAACUUUACAACUGAAGUUAAUCUAGAGUUUUUUCAAUGGAAGAUUCGUGAACAGGCCUUUUUGAGAGAUGAGCUAAUGAGCAUCAAGAAGGGCUCAAAAUCUAUGGAUUCUUUCUUCCAACGAAUUGAAGAAGUUAGAGAUAAGCUUGGGGCUGUAGCAGUCUGUGUUGAUGAAGAAGAGCUAAUCCAUCUAGCUCUUAAAGCCCUACUAUCAAAAUAUGAUGCAUUCUGUUCUACAAUUAGAACUGGGAAUGACACUCUUACACUUGAAGAAUUGAAUACACUCUUGAAUGUUGAAGAAAGAUCAAUUAAGAAGAGGUCAAUCAAUUCAGAUCUUAGGGAUUCUACAUCUUUGGCUAUGGCAGUCAAUCAAUUCAGCCAAGGUUUUACGAGAGGAAGAGGCAAGAAUGGUAAUAAUAGAGGUCGUGGCAAUGGCAGAGGUGGCAAUCAAUUCUCUAGAGGUGGUUAA